AUGAUGGCCACGAACGGAACAGCAACAUGUAAAGACGUUCAGACCAAUGGCGAGGUCGCGACACCAUCUUCCCCGCUCCCAAACAACUCGCAGCGGUUCACCUUCAGCUCAGAGCCCACCAUGGAGGACAUACGGCGCAUGCAGGCAGAAUUCACUGACGAGCGAGACUGGAAUAAGUUUCACCAGCCUCGCAACUUGCUGCUGGCGAUGGUCGGCGAGGUGGGCGAGGUGUCGGAGCUGUUCCAGUGGAAGGGGGAAGUGGCGGAGGGUCUUCCAGACUGGAGCGACUCAGAGCGCGAGCACCUGGCGCACGAGCUCAGCGACGUGCUCAUCUACCUGCUGGAGCUCGCGGAGAAGUGUCGCGUGGACCUCCCGCGAGCGGUGCUGCAGAAAAUGGCUCUGAACAAGUUGAAGUACCCGGCCAGCAAAGUUCACGGGUCUGCUAAAAAGUACACGGAAUAUACUGACUGA